AACUCUGUCCAGUGUCCUGUGUCUCAUUCCAUUGACUGUUCCUCCAUUGAUAUCAUUUUAGAAUCUCCAUCCCAUCCAAUCCCAAGCAUAUUUCUCCCUCACCCAUCAAUCCUUGUGGAAAAAGAGUUAGGAGCAAAAGCAAUGCAAGUGUGAAUGGAUGCACAUCAGCAAUUCGUGCAAGUUUCUUAUUGCCUUCCAUUUGUGUUUGUAGUACACAUUUCAAUUACUUUGUUGGUUGGUUGUACUUCAGAAGUAGUACAUGUUAGUGGAAGUUUUUAUUUAUGAGAUUAGUUUCCAUUGUGAGUGUUUGGUGCUGUUCUUCUUCUGCUUCCUGGGAUGAUUUCAGGGGAAAGCAAUAAUAAGAAGAGAAGAAUACUGAGAAAACACUUUGUAGGAAUCCAAAUGGAGGAGUUGAAAGAGAGGGAAGAGAUUGAGAAAGGUGAGGACUUUGAGCAUGGAAACAUUGAAGAAGAGGUUGGAGAUAUCAAGAGAAUUCCUCAUUGGUCAAAGCAAUUGACACUGAGGGGUUUAGUGGCUAGCCUUGCCAUUGGGAUCAUAUACAGCAUUAUUGUGAUGAAGCUGAACCUCACCACUGGCCUUGUUCCAACACUUAAUGUCUCCGCGGCACUUUUCGCCUUCAUCUUCCUUAGGACAUGGACCAAGUUGCUGCACAAAGCCGGGGUUUUAUCGACGCCUUUUACUCGGCAGGAGAAUACUGUUGUGCAGACUUGUGCAGUUGCUUGUUAUAGCAUUGCUGUUGGAGGUGGAUUUGGGUCUUAUCUAUUGGCAUUGAAUAAGAAAACUUAUGAACAGGCUGGAGUGGAUACAGAGGGGAAUGUGCCGGGGAGCUAUAAAGAGCCCGGUAUCGGUUGGAUGACUGGUUUUCUUUUUGCUGUUAGUUUUGUUGGCAUUUUUGCAUUGGUUCCUCUCCGAAAGAUCAUGAUAAUUGACUACAAAUUAACUUAUCCAAGUGGAACGGCGACUGCUGUUCUCAUCAAUGGAUUCCACACUCGUCAUGGCGAUCAAAUGGCGAAAAAGCAAGUCCGCGGCUUUACAAAAUAUUUCACAUUCAGUUUUCUUUGGAGUUUCUUCCAGUGGUUCUUCUCGGGUGGAGAUGAGUGUGGAUUUUCACAAUUCCCAACCUUUGGGUUAAAAGCUUGGAAACAAACAUUCUUCUUCGAUUUCAGCUUAACAUAUGUCGGAGCGGGGAUGAUUUGCUCUCAUCUUGUUAAUCUUUCUCUCCUCUUCGGAGCCAUCCUUUCAUGGGGUGUAAUGUGGCCACUGAUAAGUGAACUUAAAGGAGAUUGGUACCCUGAGAACAUACCCCAAAGCAGCAUGAAAAGUUUGCAAGGCUACAAGGUUUUCAUUUCUAUUGCGCUUAUUCUUGGUGAUGGUCUCUACAAUUUCCUCAAGAUUCUCGCAAUCACUGCCAAAAACAUUACUGAUAGAUUGAAGCACAAAAACAUCAAAAAAGUAUCAGACCUUAAUACACCGGUCUUAGACGAUCUCCAGCGGGAUGAACUCUUUGGUCGAGAGAACAUUCCUCUAUGGCUAGCUUACACUGGUUACAUUGUAUUCACAGUUAUCUCUGUCAUUGCCAUACCAUUCAUGUUCCCUGCAGUGAAAUGGUAUUAUGUGAUAAUAGCUUAUGUUCUUGCCCCUGCACUCGGCUUCUGCAACGCAUACGGAGCCGGCCUCACUGACAUGAACAUGGCCUACAACUACGGAAAGGUAUCGCUCUUCAUCCUCGCAGCGUGGGCCGGGAAAGACAAUGGAGUUGUUGCAGGACUAGUUGGCUGUGGACUGAUCAAAUCAGUAGUCUCGAUCUCUGCCGAUCUAAUGCAUGAUUUCAAAACAGGGCAUCUCACACUCACAUCCCCCAAAUCAAUGCUCCUAAGCCAAACCAUUGGAACAGCAAUGGGGUGUGUUGUUGCACCCUUAACCUUCUUCUUAUUCUACAAAGCUUUUGAUGUAGGGAAUCCCAAUGGCAGCUUUAAGGCACCUUAUGCAUUGAUAUACCGAAACAUGGCAGUACUUGGUGUCGAAGGCUUCUCGGCAUUGCCACACCAUUGCUUACAGCUCUGUUAUGGUUUUUUCGGCUUUGCUGCAGCAGCUAAUGUGAUGAGAGACCUUCUUCCUGUUAGGUAUGGAAGGUGGGUGCCUUUGCCAAUGGCCAUGGCUGUACCAUUCUUAGUAGGUGCUAGUUUUGCCAUUGAUAUGAGUUUGGGGAGCUUCAUUGUGUUUGCAUGGCAUAAGAUAAACAGCAGAAAAGCUACUUUGAUGAUACCUGCAGUUGCUUCUGGAUUGAUUUGUGGGGAUGGACUGUGGAUUCUUCCUUCUUCUUUGCUUGCUUUGGCAAAGAUUAAUCCUCCAAUUUGCAUGAAGUUUUUGGAUAGUUAAGAAGUGUAGAAGAGGUUAAUCCUUUUGAGAUUUUGAUUAAGGAUUGAAACUGAAGGAAAUUGUUGAGCAUGAGAGAUCAAAGAAUGAGGUUGUGUGUAGAGAAAAGCAGAGCAAAAAAUAUAGAGAUGUUUUGUAUUUUUUAUCAGCAAAUAAUUUGUUAGUAGUGACCUUUGUUGCUGCCUUUUGAUGUAGUUUGAAGAUACGAGUUGAUAAAAGUUUUAAUAAAGAAAGGGUAAGUUAAGCUAACUACCUCCCUUGGUUUA